AUGAGUGAGUGGAAGCAAAAGAGCUUCCCAAAGGGGACAUGGCAGGGCCCCAGGAACAGACUCCACCUCACCAUUCUUGAGAUGUUGCAGCUUCCAGAAGUCCACAGUGCUAAUUAGGCACCUGUGGGAUCUUGUUCACCUAACGGAGAAAUAGGUCUGAAGUGGUGGCCGGCCGUGAGAAUGAAGCCAGCUAUCUGCCAGGAUGCCUCAGCCACCAUCAAGACUUUUGUGUGCAGAGAAACAGGAUUUAAGAGGGGAGGGACUGAAAGGAUGUGGAAGCCACUGGGUUCAGUCAUCCAUUCAAUCCACAUGAUUUGA